CUACCCAGCAAGUGGUUUCGGUUCCGCGAGGAAAAGCUCGGGCAGAAGCUUUCUGGCAGCACCGAAGGCUGGCCAGGCGGAGCUCCUGCCCGCGGGGCUGGUGGGUGGGUCUGCAGGUGGGGCGGCCGGGCAGGCUGCGCCCCGGAGGCCAGACCUUGCCUAGGACACUCGGAACGCAAGGUAGACCCGGGAGCGGGAAGGCAGCUUCCUGGCCCCAGGCCCGCUGGGGAGUUCUGCGCAAGCGCGUUAGUCGUGCGACAACCGUCACUUACGGCCGAAACGGUUUGUGCGGGGAGUUGGCGGCGCGCUGCAGCUCUUAGGGACGGACGGCUCGGGCGCGGGACUGGUAUCCGGGGACUGACUCGCAGGGUCCGCCAUGGAGCCAGAGCAGAUGCUGGAGGGACAGACGCAGGUUGCAGAAAAUCCUCACUCCGAGUACGGUCUCACAGAUAACGUCGAGAGGAUAGUAGAAAAUGAGAAGAUUAAUGCAGAAAAGUCAUCAAAACAGAAAGUGGAUCUACAGUCUUUGCCAACUCGUGCCUACCUGGAUCAGACAGUUGUGCCUAUCUUAUUACAGGGGCUUGCUGUGCUUGCAAAGGAAAGACCACCAAAUCCCAUUGAAUUUCUAGCAUCAUAUCUUUUAAAAAACAAGGCACAGUUUGAAGAUCGAAACUGAUUGGGAAGAACAGAAAAAUUUGGUUUCUACUAUAGAUUUACAUGAUUAAGAGGCAGCUUUAAUUGCCAUGAUUUCCCCCCACCCCUUUUUGGAAGUAUAAGAACCUUCAGGACAACAACUUGUUCUUGGAGUUGCAGAAGAAAACAUAUUUCCCUUAUUUUGAUUUAAUCACCAUACUUAUAUUUAAAGAGUGUAUUAUGUGCAAUUUUUUUCUCAGAUUGUCUUUAACUUUGUUUUUAAAAUGACCUUCAAAAUAAACUGUUAAAUGUCA